CUAGCUGCCCACCUCUCUUAGUUUUCCGCCUUCGACUUCCCUAAGGGCAUUUCCGGUUCCGGCUGCGGGCCGGAGAAGAUAUGGCGGCGUCAGCGUCUGCAGCUGCAGGGGAGGAGGACUGGGUCCUUCCCUCUGAGGUUGAAGUGUUAGAGUCCAUCUAUCUGGAUGAACUACAGGUGAUUAAAGGAAAUGGCAGAACUUCACCGUGGGAGAUCUACAUCACUUUGCAUCCUGCCACUGCAGAGGACCAGGAUUCACAGUAUGUCUGCUUCACUCUGGUGCUUCAGGUCCCAGCAGAGUAUCCCCAUGAGGUGCCACAGAUCUCUAUUCGAAAUCCCCGAGGACUCUCAGAUGAACAGAUCCACACGAUCUUACAGGCGCUGGGCCAUGUGGCCAAGGCUGGGCUGGGCACUGCCAUGCUCUAUGAACUCAUUGAGAAAGGGAAGGAAAUUCUCACAGAUAACAACAUCCCUCAUGGCCAGUGUGUCAUCUGCCUCUAUGGUUUCCAGGAGAAGGAGGCCUUUACCAAAACACCCUGUUACCACUACUUCCACUGCCACUGCCUUGCUCGGUACAUUCAGCACAUGGAGCAAGAGCUGAAGGCACAAGGACAGGAGCAGGAACGGCAGCAUGCUGCAACCAAACAGAAGGCAGUCGGUGUGCAGUGUCCGGUGUGCAGAGAGCCCCUCAUAUAUGAUCUUGCCUCGCUGAAAGCAGCCCCUGAACCCCAACAGCCCAUGGAGCAGUACCAGCCCAGUGCAGAGAGCCUGCGCCAGCAAGAAGAACUCAAGCGGCUCUACCAGAGGCAGCAGGAGCGGGGGGGCAUCAUUGACCUCGAGGCUGAGCGAAACCGAUACUUCAUCAGCCUUCAGCAGCCUCCUGCCCCUGUGGAACCUGAGUCAGCUGUAGAUGUCUCCAAAGGAUCCCACCCGCCCAGCACCCUUGCAGCAGAUCUGUCCACCUCACCAGCCGUCCAAUCCACCUUGCCAGCUCCUCUGCCUGUGGCCACCCAGUACAUGUGUGAGAAGAUUCCAGGGGCUGGGCCAAAUCAGCAAAGGUUGGGCGAAACCCAGAAAGCUGUGCUAGAUCCCCCCAAGCCCAGUCGAGGUCCCUGGCGACAGCCUGAACGGAGGUACCUGAAGGGAGGGGAGUGCCAUGCCCCCAAAGGUACCUGUAACACCAAAGAACUGCCACCUCCUGAGGGGCCCCUCAAGGAGCCCAUGGACCUAAAGCCAGAACCCCAUAGUGAAGGGGUUGAAGGUCCUCCCCAAGAGAAGGGGCCUGGCAGCUGGCAGGGCCCCCCACCCCGCAGGACUCGGGACUGUGCUCGCUGGGAGCGCUCCAAAGGCCGGACCCCGGGUUCUUCCUACCCCCGCCUGCCUCGGGGCCAGGGAGCAUACCGGCCUGGUACUCAGAGGGAGCCCCUAGGCCUGGAAUCUGAGGAUGGUUCCUAGCAGGACUUGGCAGGGACAGGGAAAUUGGGGAUGGAAGGGGAAUAAUAAAGAUAUUUGACCUUG